GCCUUUCUGACCGUCAAAACUUCCGGAAUUGAAACAAACCAAAACAGAAAGCCAGAAACGCCGUGCAGAGGCUGAAGAGGGAAAAUCAUCCUCCUUAGCCUCGCCUUCGCUCUGCCAUGGAUUCCCGGCACGCAUCUCUAGGCCGCCGAACGUUGGAAGAAAUUCGUCAAAAGCGAGCUGCAGAAAGAUUGAGCAAAACUUCUUCGGGGCCCGAUCUCAGCCAGAUCCCACCUAUCGAUAAUGGAGGAAUGAGAAAAUCGGAGAGCGCAAAUCGACUCUCUGAGAGCGAUGUUAGUACUUUAGUUUCUCAGAUAAGAGACUUGGAUAGGAAGAAUGUAGAACUGGAAGAACAAAACAAAAAUUUGGCUUCCAUGGUAGGACUCUUGUGUUUGUUGUGCUUGUUUGAGCAAAAUACUGUACCGUCUUUGAGGAAAGCUCUCAAGGAUGUCGCAAUGGAGAAAGAUGCUGCAGUUGUUGCACGGGAGGAUCUCUCUGCCCAGCUGCGUAUGCUCAAGAAACGUCUUAAGGAUGCAGAAGAAGAACAGUAUCGAGCUGAGGAAGAUGCAGCAUCCCUGAGAGCAGAACUCUAUAUGAUACAGCAACAAACGAUGAAUGGCUCACUUGGUGCACUAAACUCAAUUGCUAAUCCACCCGAUCAGAUAAAAACAUUAGAAAUUGAGUUAGCUAACAUAAAGUCUGAGUUACAGCGCGAGUCAAUGUUUAGACAGCAAGAACGACAACAAUUAGCAGAGGAGCAGGCUCGAGCAUCCAUCCUUACAUCUGAGAAGCAAGAAUUGGAAGAAAAACUUGCAGCUUUGUCUAGAAAGUCCUCAGAAGUGUCAGACAAAGUGGCCAGCAUGGGAUUUUCAUUAGAAGACAAGGAGUUACUCGAGAAGCAGAUGCAUGACAUGGCCGUAGUGAUUGAAAAAUUGGAAAGCAGUAGACAAAAGCUUUUGAUGGAGAUUGAUUCCCAAUCUUCGGAGAUAGAAAGGCUUUUUGAGGAAAACUCUAAUUUAUCUAGUUCUCAUCAGGAGGCUAAGAGCAUAGCUUUGCACUGGGAGAAUCAGGUGAAAGACUGUCUUAAGCAAAAUGAAGAGCUCCGAGGAAUCUUAGAUAAGUUAAGAACUGACCAGGCCAAGGGGUUGCUCGACUCCCAUAGCAAUGGUUCUAACAAGACUGGUUUAGCUGAAUACACACCUGAAGUUCUCUCUAUUAAGGAUCAACUUGCAAAAGAACAGAGCAAAGCAGAGGCAUUAUCAGCUGAGGUAUUACAGCUCUCAGCAAGACUCCAACAAACCACUCAAGCAUACUAUGGUCUUGCACGCUUCUAUAAACCGGUGUUGCGAAACAUAGAAAGCAGUCUCAUUAAGAUGAAACAAGAUGGCCCUGUGACAGUGCGGUAAAUACAAAACUCUUUGACUACCCAUUUACAUAAAGUUGGUGGAAUUAGCAUGUUUUUAUUCUUUAAUUUUCGUAAUUGUGCUCGGCAUCCUUCAUGUAUCAAAAUGUUCACUAGCCAAAACAAGGUAUCCAAAUCUUCACUGAAUAGCUUUAUGUAGACUGAUUGUUACGGAAAUAUAGUGAGAAAUGAAAGAUCUCUUUCACAUUUUUUGUUGGAGGAGAAAUGAAAAGUCUCGUAUACAUUAUUGUAAAUGAAAAAUCUCUUAUACAUAGUUCUAAGAGAUUAAUUGGUACCUUGUAUCUGCAUUCCGUGACUAAGAUAACAAUUAGAACUGAUGGGAUUAUUUCAAUUGAGGAACUGAAAUCUUAUUUAUAGGCUUGCUCUUGGUAUCUUAUACUGAGUGGUUCUUCAGCCAAUCAGUCACCUGUGUUCUUUUAUUUAUAUACAGGUGAAUUAUUUACAUGCAUAUGGCAUGUAGGGCUUUUGUUUUUU